GUGAUGCUAGCGUCUUAUUCAUUCUCCAGCAAAGCUGCUUCGCGCCUACAUUGAUGCUUCAUUCACACACACUUAAAACUAAAAAAAAAAACAUCGCUUAGCAACGAACCAAAUCUUUAGAGAAGAAGCCAGGUUGAGCGUUCAUCACAGAACAGCUAGUUUUUUACCCCGAAGAGCCACAAUGAAAACCAAAUUUAUAAACGGGGUUUCUUCCUCGCCCUCCAUGUCGCUGGGCCUGCUGGUCGCCGACAGUGUCCUGCAGGUCCAGCCCGACACCCAGGACGACUGGAAGGACCUGACCCGCCCCGACAGCCCCGACCGGGACACACGGACGAUGGCAUACCGCUGGUGUAAAGAGUUCCUCAACGGAGCCUGGAGAACCCUGGCAGAGGACGACUUCGACAUCACCAUCAUUAGAGGUGGACUGAGCAACAAGCUCUUCUUGUGCAGCCUCCCAGACAGUGCGGACACUGUUGGCGAUGAGCCCAGGAGCAUUCUGCUGCGCCUCUACGGGGCCAUCCUGCAGAUGUCCUGUAAUAAGGGAGAAUCCCAACAGUCAAACAAAGACAAUCCCUUUCAAGGGGCAGAAGCCAUGGUGCUGGAGAGUGUGAUGUUUGCCAUUUUGGCGGAGAGGGAACUGGGACCGAAACUCUAUGGUAUUUUUCCACAGGGACGACUGGAGCAAUAUCUACCGAGCCGUAAGCUGGACACCUGUGAGCUGAGCGAUCCCAACAUUUCAGCAGAGGUUGCAGAAAAAAUGGCCAAGUUUCAUGCAAUGAGGAUGCCGUUUAACAAGGAACCCACCUGGUUGUUUGGAACCAUUGACAAGUAUUUAGGCCAAGUCCUGAGGCUCAACUUCACCCGAGAGUCUCAACUGCGUCGCUUCAACCGCCUGCUGAGCUACAACCUGCUUCAUGAGAUGGAUUGGCUGAAGGCUCUGCUGGAGUCCACCAAUUCUCCUGUGGUGUUCUGCCACAAUGACUGCCAAGAAGGAAACAUCUUGCUGCUAAACUGCCGUCCGGAAUCCGACAAACAGAAGCUGAUGCUAAUUGACUUUGAGUACAGCAGCUAUAACUAUAGAGGAUUUGAUCUUGGCAACCAUUUCUGUGAAUGGAUGUAUGACUACAACUGUGACCACUUCCCAUUUUUCAAAGUCAAUUCCCAGGCGUAUCCUUCCAAGGCUCAACAGCUCCACUUCAUUGAAAACUACCUGCGUGCGUCUGAUGGAGACUAUGACAACCUGAGUCAAGCCGACCAGAUGAAGAUGAAGGAAGAGCUAUACGUGGAGGUCAACAGGUUCUCUCUUGCAUCCCAUUUCUUUUGGGGCCUGUGGUCUAUCAUUCAGGCCCGCCUCUCCACCAUCAAGUUCGGAUAUCUGGAGUACGCCCUGGCCAGGUUCGAUGCCUACUUCCAGCAGAAGAAGGUGUGGGCUGCCUAGUGAGGAAGACGGCGAGCACGGCGGUCUUUCUAGCGGAUGAAGAUUAUUGCUGUACGACGCCCCGCGGCGAGCGUGUCUGCAGGCUGCGGCCGCCGGCGGUGCUAGAAGUCAAUCACUAAUCCGCGUGCUACUGUACAAACGUGAUGCAGCCCAACGUAGUCGACGCCGCGCUAGUCUGCGCUUCUGCAUUGCUUGAAUCUAAUCUAACACACAGUAGGCCCGUGUCAGGCGGGUCUAGGGGUGGAUUUCAGUUGGAGCCAAACUGGAAGCGUUAACAUUGCAUCAAUGUAUUGAUCGUUUUGUGGGUAACCCCGACUAUGUAUAUUAUAUAUAGACCUCAGUGGUACUAUCGCACCUGCGGGUUAGUGGGCUUGUUAUACCUAUUAUGUGUGCUAUUAUUAUUCACGCUCUUUUAGUUGAGAUUCGGUAUUCACGCCAGAGAAGGGAUUUUGUUGCAUAUAUUUCAUGUUUUCCAACCCAAAAGAACAAAGUCCACCUUACGUGGACAGUAGAUCCCCGCGAGUCACGAAGCCACGUUCACAAGAACCCCCUCAAAUAAUGGAUUUGGAUUUUUGCCUAUUGUUCACAAUCAUUGAAGACAAGACUAUUUAUUUACUUUUUUUGCAUUCUACUUUGGCAUAAUUCACUUCGCAUCGCCCCCUCACAGUGUGUAAUAACUAUGCUGUAGCAACAUUGUUAUUGUAAGAGCCAACAACACUCACACUCGUCGGGGUGGGGAUAACACCUAACCGAUCCGCCUGUCGGUCUCACGAUCCCCUCUUCCCUCACUCGUGAACAAGACUCCCGAGGUACUUGAACUCCUCCACUUGGGGCAGGGUCUCCUCCCCAACCCGGAGAUGGCACUCCACCCUUUUCCAGGCGAGAACCAUGGACUCGGACUUGGAGGUGCUGAUUCUCAUCCCGGUCGCUUCACAUUCUGCUGCGAACCGAUCCAGUGAGAGCUGAAGAUCCUGGCCAGAUGAAGCCAUCAGGACCACAUCAUCUGCAAAAAGCAGAGACCUAACUCUGCAGCCACCAAACCGGAUCCCCUCAGCGCCCUGACUGCACCUAGAAAUUCUGUCCAUAAAAGUUAUGAACAGAAUCUGUGACAAAGGGCAGCCUUGGCGGAGUCCAACCCUCACUGGAAUUGUGUCCGACUUACUGCCGGCAAUGCGGACCAAGCUCUGACACUGAUCAUAAAUGGAGUGGAUCGCCACAAUCAGACAGUCCGAUACCCCAUACUCGAAGGUGUAUGUAGUUGUACUAACACGCAUGACGUUCAGCGUGUAUCAUGAUCAAUUUUGACUCACUCGAUUGACAGUUGCUACGUUUGGUCCAGCUGACCAGGGACGUUUUUUUAAAAGGUUUUUUUUUUGGCUGAGCAUGUCCACGUUCUAGACUUUUGUCUGCAAAUCCCUAAUACCAUCAAUAUUACUGUAUGGAUGCGAGACCUGGACACUCCUGGUAGGAUCUGUCUCGUUGCACCCUUCCUUCAUGCUUGCUUCUAUGAGCAACAGUUUGUCCUCUGUAUACUCGGGUUCAAAAAGAUACGGUUGUGAAUCCUCAUUUGUCCAAAAAUAGUUAUCUUUGUUGUCUGUUAAUUUGAUUGAUUGAAACUGUUAUUAGUAGAUAGUACAGUACAUAUUCCGUACAAUUGACCACUAAAUGGUAGCACCCGAGUAAUUUUUUCAAUUCCACGUUAAUCAAUUCAUGGUAAAAUUCAUGGUUACCAAGUUUGCCAUGAUUCGAAAACACAAGAGUUUGUUGCCGAAAGGAAAUCAGUUUAUAAAAAUUACCAAUACAGUGAAUAUUGAUCGUAUUACAUAUUGGUAAGAACGUGUCUAAUGUUACUACACUUGCAGUGUGUAUAUAAACCUAGAUCAAUCAAUCAAUGUUUAUUUACAUAGCCCUAAAUCACAAGUGUCUCAAAGGGGUGCCCGACCCACAACGACAUCCUCAGUUCAGAUCCCACAUAAGAGCACGGAAAAACUCACAACCCAAUGUGAAUGACUAUGAGAAACGUUGAAGAGGACCGCAGAUGUGGGUUACCCCCACCCUUUAGGGGAGACCGGAUGCAAUGGACGUUGAGUGGGUCUCGCAUAAUAUUGUGUCCAGUCCCACAUAAUAGUGAAAGUCCAGUCCAUAGUGGAUCUAACAUAAUAGUGAGAGUCCAGUCCAUAGUGGGGCCAGCAAAAGACCUUUCCGAGCAGAGACGGGUCAGUCCCCAACCGAUGCACAGGCCCGCAGGUCCACCCCAGGUCCCGACUCUGGACAGCCAGCAUUUCAUCCAUGGCCACUGGACCAGCGCCCCUGACAAGGGUUUUGAAGGCUACAACAGUUGACUCCCAUUAGCUGCAUCUUUCAAGCCUUUUUUUAUUAUCUUUAAAAUCCUUUCAAAAUAAGACCCGUGUUCUUGUCUCUCAUAAUGAUUGUGAACGAUAGGCAAAAUUCCCACAUUCAUAGUGUAGUACUGCAACAAAACAUGCAGUCACACAACUGAGACGGAGGCUGUGCCAACUGAACGUCAGUCAACCUCACUACCCCCCGCCUAAAGAGCUUUUGUGGAGACUCGAGUUGACAGCUCAUUCUUUUAGCUCAGUGCCUAGCGCACACCCCUAUUUCAGGGGGGAACCCGGGGUCCGAGCCCUGCGCAAAACAGACUGGCGUCAUGUCUUGCUGAAGCGUCUUCCUGCUGGAAAAUGUUGAGUUUCUCUGCUGAUUGUGCCACCGAACCACUUUUUAAUCUAAGUCGCCAUUUAAAAAAAUAACAAUUACUACAAUUUAAAGCAGAAAAAGGAUUCCGGCUUAGUAAGUUCAGUAAGUUGACUUAGUAAGUGGACUUAGUAAGUUCAUUAUACUGUACAAUGAGCUCGGAUCGACUGUAGCAAUAUUGGACUUAGUAAGUGGACUUAGUAAGUGGACUUAGUAGGUUCCUUAUACUGUACAAUGAGCUCGGAUUGACUAUAGCAAUAUUGGACUUAGUAAGUGGACUUAGUAAGUAAACUUAGUAAGUUCAUUAUACUGUACAAUGAGCUCGGAUUGACUAUAGCAAUAUUGGACUUAGUAAGUGGACUUAGUAAGUAGACUUAGUAAGUUCAUUAAACUGUACAAUGAGCUCGGAUUGACUGUAGCAAUAUUGGACUUAGUAAGUGGACUUAGUAAGUGGAUUUAGUAAGUUCAUUAUACUGUACACUAAGCAUGGAUCGACUGAAGCAAUAUUGGACUUAGUAAGUGGACUUAGUAAGUGGACUUAGUAAGUGGACUUAGUAGGUUCCUUAUACUGUACAAUGAGCUCGGAUUGACUAUAGCAAUAUUGGACUUAGUAAGUGGACUUAGUAAGUAGACUUAGUAAGUUCAUUAUACUGUACAAUGAGCUCGGAUUGACUGUAGCGAUAUUGGACUUAGUAAGUGGACUUAGUAAGUGGACUUAGUAAGUAGACUUAGUAAGUUCAUUAUACUGUACAAUGAGCUCGGAUCGACUGUAGCAAUAUUGGACUUAGUAAGUGGACUUAGUAAGUGGACUUAGUAGGUUCCUUAUACUGUACAAUUAUCUCGGAUUGACUAUAGCAAUAUUGGACUUAGUAAGUGGACUUAGUAAGCAGACUUAGUAAGUUCAUUAUGCUGUACAAUGAGCUCGGAUUGACUAUAGCAAUAUUGGACUUAGUAAGUGGACUUAGUAAGUAGACUUAGUAAGUUCAUUAUACUGUACAAUGAGCUCGGAUUGACUAUAGCAAUAUUGGACUUAGUAAGUGGACUUAGUAAGUAGACUUAGUAAGUUCAUUAUACUGUACAAUGAGUUCGGAUUGACUAUAGCAAUAUUGGACUUAGUAAGUGGACUUAGUAAGUGGAUUUAGUAAGUUCAUUAUACUGUACACUAAGCAUGGAUCGACUGAAGCAAUAUUUGACUUAGUAAGUGGACUUAGUAAGUUCAUCAUACUGUACAAUAAGCAUGGAUCGACUGAAGCAAUAUUGGACUUAGUAAGUGGACUUAGUAAGUUCAUUAAACUGUACAAUGAGCUCGGAUUGACUGUAGCAAUAUUGGACUUAGUAAGUGGACUUGGUAAGUGGACUUAGUAAGUUCAUUAUACUGUACAAUGAGCUCGGAUUGACUGAAGCAAUAUUGGACUUAGUAAGUGGACUUAGUAAGUGGACUUAUUAAGUUGAUUAUACUGUACAAGAAGCUCGGAUCGACUGUAUCAAUAUUGAACUUAGUAAGUUCAUUAUCCUGUACAACUGCUGUAUGUCCUUUUCGUUCACACUGACAGCUCUGACAUGUUCUGAGAUGAGUAAAUGCAGUUUGAAAAAAUGCACCUUUUCAGAAAAGUGUACUUUAGACUUCUACUGUGUGAGUCUAGCCAAAACAAUACUGCGGCGAUAUGUCGAGUUACGUUUCCAUGCACACCGUAUCAGUCUCGUCUUCCCUUUCGCAUUACUUAGAGACUGUGAUCGGUCGGCUUUUACUUUGACUUCAGAUCAACAUUUGCAAUAAAAUUUUUUUAUAAAUAAAUACUUUUUAAAAACGUCAAUCUCCUUAAUAAAAAAUUGUCAACUUUAAACAUUUUGACGAUAUUUUCUCAAGACGUGAAUAUGGUGUGCAUGGAAACUUUACUCAACUCUCCAUUGAUCAUCAGGGAACUAUCGAUUAUUUUUUUGCAAUGAAGAGAAGAUUUUUAAAAAAACUUAUGGGUUAAAAUGUUCAGACUUUGUGGCUUUUGAAGGUUGUUUUAAGCUUUUUAAAUAAGUGUCUUCAAGCAUGCUAUGUCAGUUUGCACCAUAGUAAGUCAAUCAGUGCUAAAUUAGAUAGCAUAAUGCUAAACCAGUCUACAUCUACGCCAUGCUAAAUCUGUUAGCAUUGUGUUAAAUUUACUAGCAUCGUGCGGAAUAUUUUAGCAGCAUGUGAGAUCGGUAAGCAUAAUCUUAAACGUGUUAGGAUCAUUCCACAUCCGUUAGCAUUUUUUACAUCAGUUAGGUUUGUGGUAAAUCAAUGAGCAUAAUAUUAAAUUGGUAAGAAGCAUCCGACUAAAUGAGUUAGAAUCAUGAUAGCAUCAUUCGAAAAUCGGUUUGCAACGUCCUAAAUCAGGUAGCACUGAGCAAAAUACGUUAGCAUCAUUUUGCAUCAACUUGAUAAGAACCAUCAGGCUAAAUGAGGUAGAAUCCUGAUAGCAUCGUUCAAAAAAACGGUUUGCAUCGUCCUAAAUCAGGUAGCAUGAUGCGAAAUACGUUAGCAUAAUUUCGCAUCACUUUGAUAUGAAGCAUCAGGCUUAAUGAGUUAGAAUCAUAGCAUCAUUUGAAAAUCGGUUCGUAUCGUCCUAAAUCAGGUAGCAUUAUGCGAAAUACGUUAGCAUUGUUUGGCUUCAACUUGAUAAGAAGCAUUAGGCUAAAUGAGUUUGCAUCAUGCUAAGUGAUAGCAUCAUUCGAAAAUCGGUUCGCAUCAUACUAAAUCAGGUAGCAUUAUGCGAAAUACGUUAGCAUCGCUUCGCAUCAACUUGAUAAGAAGCAUCAGGCUAAAUGAGUGGGAAUCAUGCUAAAUCAGUUUGCAUCAUGCUAAGUGAUAGCAUCUUUUGAAAAUUUGUUUGCAUCGUCCUAAAUCAGGUAGCAUUAUGCGAAAUACGUUAGCAUCGUUUCGCAUCAACUUGAUAAGAAGCAUCAGGCUAAAUGAGUGGGAAUCAUGUUAAAUCAGUUUGCAUCAUGCUAAGUGAUAGCAUCAUUCGAAAAUCGGUUCGCAUCGUGGUAAAUCACGUAGCAUUACGCAAAAUGCGUCAUCAUUUCGCAUCAACUUCGCUUCGUAUUUUGUAACGUUUACGAGAUUUUAUUGAUCGAUUCGCGUUAUGCUAAAUACGUUAGCAUCAUUUCGCAUCAACUUUGCUUCAUAUUUUGUAAUGAUCACUUACAAGAUUUUAUUGAGCGGGUCGCGUUAUGCUAAAUACGUAAGCAUCAUUUCGCAUCAACUUUGCUUCGUAUUUUGUAAUAUUUACCGACGAUAUUUUAUUAAUCGAUUAGCAUUAUGCUAAAUACGUUAGCAUCAUUUCGCAUCAACUUCAUAAGGAGCAUCAGGCUAAAUGAGUUGGAAUCAGGCUAAAUUAGUUUGCAUCAUGCUAAAUGAUAGCAUCAUUCAAAAAUCGGUUCGCAUCGUCCUAAUUCAUGUAGCAUUAUGCGAAAUACAUUAGCAUCAUUUCGCAUCAACUUUGCUUCGUAUUUUGUUAUGUUUACCUACAAGAUUUUAUUGAGCGAUUGGCAUUAUGCUAAAUACGUUAGCAUCAUUUCGCAUUAACUUUGCUUACUAUUUUGUAAUGUUUACCUACAAGAUUUUAUUGAGCGAUUUGCGCUAUGCUACACACAAUAGUAUCAUUUCCUAUCAACUUAGCUUUGUAUUUUGUAAUGUUUCCCUACAAGAUUUUAUUGAGCGAUUAGCAUUAUGCUAAAUACAUUAGCAUCAUUUGCUAUCAACUUUUCUUGGUAUUUUAUAAUUUUUCCCUCCAAGAUUUUAUUGAACGAUUAGCAUUAUGCUAAAUACAUUAACAUAAUUUCGCAUCCACUUUGCUUACUAUUUUGUAAUGUUUACCUAUAAGGUUAUAUUGAGCAAUUAGAUGAACAUUGCAGUAUGCAAUGACCACCAAAACACUGACCGAUGUGUUUAUAUAUAUAUAUAUAUAUAUAUAUCUAUAUAUAUAUAUAUAUAUAUAUAUAAUCAGUACUGCAGUAUACAGUGUUAUUCACAGAUAUACAUGUAUCAGUACCGCAGUAUACAGUGUUAUUCACAGAUAUACAUGUAUCAGUACUGCAGUAUACAGUGUUAUUCACAGAUAUACAUGUAUCAGUACUGCAGUAUACAAUGUUAUUCACAGAUAUACAUGUAUAAGUACCGCAUCAUACAGUGUUAUUCACAGAUAUACAUGUACAUGUAUCAGUACUGCAGUGUACAGUGUUAUUCACAGAUAUACUUGUAUCAGUACUGCAGUAUACAGUGUUAUUCACAGUUAUACAUGUAUCAUUACCGCAGUGUACAGUGUUAUUCACAGAUAUACAUGUAUCAGUACCGCAGUGUACAGUGUUAUUCACAGAUAUACAUGUAUAAGUACCGCAGUGUACAGUGUUAUUCACAGAUAUACAUGUAUCAGUACUGCAAUAUACAGUGUUAUUCACAGAUAUACAUGUAUCAGUACUGCAAUAUACAGUGUUAUUCACAGAUAUACAUGCAUCAGUACUGCAGUAUACAGUGUUAUUCACAGAUAUACAUGUAUCAGUACCGCAGUGUACAGUGUUAUUCACAGAUAUACAUGUAUAAGUACCGCAGUGUACAGUGUUAUUCACAGAUAUACAUGUAUCAGUACUGCAAUAUACAGUGUUCUUCACAGAUAUACAUGUAUCAGUACUGCAAUAUACAGUGUUAUUCACAGAUAUACAUGCAUCAGUACUGCAGUAUACAGUGUUAUUCACAGAUAUACAUGUAUCAGUACUGCAAUAUACAGUAUUCCUUGCUCACCAGUGAGAAAACCCCUAAAAUGUGAUUCAGUUUUACCUCAUAUAUUCUUCUAAGAGUCACGUCACAAUGGAAGGAAGUCAAAAAGUUAUUUUUGUGCAACAGUCGAUGCUGCUUUGUAAUGUCCAGUAGAGCACUUUCCAUCUAAAGAAAACUGGACUGGAUACUUGGAUUGGUUUUCUUUUGUAUCCCUUCUUAUAUUUUACCACUGAACUAGUUUUUAGCAUAUAUCACGAUUUUGUAUUCUCUCUAUCUUCAAAAAUCGUUCUGAGCCAAUGUUUUUUUCUUGUUGUUGGGUUAUUGUUAUGUAACAGUACAUGCAGAAAGGGGGUACCACUCCUAAUAUUCUUCACAUCUAUGUGUAUUAAAGUAAAACAAAAAUGUCAAACUGUGCUCAAGUUCAAUAAAGUGGACUAUGUACAAUUUUAAUCAAAAAUCCAAGUUAUUAUUAUUAUUAUUAUUAUACUUAUGGUGGCAUUUAAUGGUUUUCACGUGGCUUUGCACACUUGAGUAAAGAAAGAUGUACUAAAAUGUAUUGUCUUCCUCCUGUAACAUUUUGGUUUGGACCAAAAAAAAAAAAAAAAAAAAAAAAAAAAAAACGAGUCGACGUUAGCCAUCCAUCGUAACUCUUCAUAACUAUUAAGUGCGUAUUUUACCGACAUUUGAAGUUUUUCUCUUAUUCUAAAUGAUGAUUUUGUAACAUUGCAUUUUCUUGCAUUUUUGUUUCACGCCAACUAACACAAUUGCUGAUUGGCAUGCGGUAUGGUAAAUAUUGAGCUUGAGCUAUGAAUACCUAACUUUGAUGUUUACCGACGAAACUGCAUAACGUGGUGUGUAAUAAUUCUGCUUUGCACAAAUAAACAGAACAAUGGGAAAAUA